AUGUCAGGAUACUACGGCGCCCCUCCAAACCAAGGCUACACCCCAGCCGGUGCGCAGAACUUGCAAUUCUAUUCCUCUAACUAUGCCCAGCCCGUCUCGGGCCAUGCAACACCAUCACAAGCAGCAUAUGGCUAUGGCGGCCCCUCGACAGGUUUCACAUCCAGCUUCAGCGCCGGUUUUGGAGGUCCUGGCGUGACGGGCCGCAUGGGCGAGCAUGGCGGGCUAAGGACAGGCUGGCUUGCGGCUUUCUCGACCGAAGGCUACGAAGGCGAGCCUUCUCUCCAAGAAGAACUCGGUAUCAACUUUGGCCACAUCAAGAACAAGACCCUCGCCGUCCUAAAUCCCUUCUCCCGCGUCGACCAACACCUCAUGGACGACAGCGACCUCGCCGGUCCGAUCCUCUUCUUCCUCCUCUACGGCACCUUCCUCCUACUCUCUGGCCGCGUCCACUUCGGCUUCAUCUACGGCCUGGCCCUCUUCGGCUCCGUCAGCCUGCACACAAUCCUCUCUCUCAUGGCACCCCCCGCCGAUAGCACUCCCGCCUCCACUCCCGCCGCAGCCGCGGCAUCUACCGCGACUGCCUACCCUGGGUAUAUCACCACCACAUCCGCGACCGACCCGUCGACUAUUACGGCAAUGGGCCACACCCCGGACCCGACUUCCUCCUCCGGCUCGUCUUCCCUUACAUUUGCUCGUUCUGCUUCGAUCGUGGGAUACUGCCUUCUCCCUCUCGUCGCGACCUCUCUUGUGGGCAUCGUCAUGCCGAUGGAUACACCCAUUGGGAUUGCACUGACAACGCUAGCGAUCGUGUGGUGCACGUGGAGCGCGAGCGGCAUCUUUUGCGCUGUGGGUGGCAUGAAAGCUAUGAGGGGGUUGGUUGCGUACCCGCUGGCGCUGUUCUAUGUGGGCUUUGGGAUCAUGGGCGUGUUUAGUAGUCGGGGGAGUGGUGGAGGGUUUGCAAAGGUUCCGGGGAGUGUGUAA